AUGGUUGCUCCAGAGGAAUGCAUAUGGAAUGUGGUGGUUGUAAAGAGUUCAAUGCCUCACUCAAUAAGUUCAUUGAUGAGAGAAGAAAAUAUAAUGAGAUCGUUGAUUGGUUGUGAAGAAUUCCUUCAAUGCCGUUUUGGCAAAUUCACUAUUGAGAAUGGUGAAUUCAUCUAUAAUCUUGUUAUGGAAUUUGCACCUUAUGGUUCUCUACUCGAUAACAUUCUUCUAUUUCCUUCAUCUAAGAAUGAUGCAAAGUAUCAACUCAAGAUUGCAGAUUUUGGAUUGUCUAAGACUAAAGAAGAGAUUAUCAAUGCUGAGUAUAGAAAUUUCAGGUUUAGAGGGACACCGUUAUACAUGUCACCAGAAUCAGUUAAGGGUCAGAUUGAAACAUCAUUGGAUAUAUGGUCUCUUGGAAGUAUAGUCAUAGAGAUGAUCACUGGGUUAAAUGUAUGGAGGAACCCUCCAACUUCAAAGGAGAUGAUUCCAACUAAAAAUGAGAUGAUGUACAAGCUUGUUCAACUCUCGGUUCGACCAAGCAUUGUCCUUAAAGAAGCACCGAAGAUACCUAGUGGAGUAAGUGAGGAUUGCAGAGAUUUCUUGAGCAAAUGUUUCAUCAAGAAUCCUAGUCAGAGAUGGAUUGCUAGCAAGCUUCUCCACCAUCCUUUUCUGUUUUCUCCAUGUGAUUCUUUUGGAGGUUAUGAAAGAUUUCAUAUGGUUAAUUCGUCGUCCUCAUUUUUCACUUAUGAUUGUAAGAGGAUACCUUUAUGA